UCUCGUCUUCAGUGACUAAAUUAAAGUUUAUAGCAGGGAAACCAUUUGGACAAUAAGUAUACAAAUAUUUCACUGCUGCAUGUGAGUUAGUUUUCUUUAUAUUGAGAUUUCCUGUUAUUGAUGAAAAAUAUUUAUUAAAACUAUGUGCUGCUUCAUCAAUAUUUACUUUUACAGUACUGAGUUGAUAUGCUUUAGGUAAAGUAUCUUUGCUGUUUUUUUUAUCUGUCCCAUUUCCCUAUUAAUAAUGCUCCAUGUUGUUUUUAUCCUAUCCUCAGCUGAUACAAUUAGUCGAUUAUAAUGUAAUCUCUUCACUUAUCUUAUUACUCUUCUUAGUAUCCUAUAAUAUGUUUUAUAAUAAGAUUUCAGUAGAUUAUCAUUAUUUUUACUAGGAGUAUACAGAAAUUCUUUAUGUCUACAAGAGGUGCAUAUUCCCACUGUUAUCCAUCCAUUAUCAUUUUCUUUCCUAGUUACAUUUUGCUUAAGAAAAUAUGCUUCAUUGACUUCAUUUGAUUGAUAAAUAUUUUCCCAAGUUUCAUUUCCCAUUUUAUCUUGAAAUUGUGCUAUUGAAUUUUUUUUACAAUUCUUAUCAUAAUUCCAAGAACCUUAUGCAUGUACAGACUGCUAAUAUUCUUCAGAAUAAGACAUUGUGCAUAGUGAUCUGACAAACCAUUGGCAACUGUGACAUCAUCAUAGGAAUUUCUCCUUAUAUUAUCAACAAAAAUAUUAUCUAUUAGAGAGCUACUGCUCUGUUAUUCUUGUUGGAAACUGCACAGUGUUAAAAAUAUUAAAAGACUGUAACAGCAACAGCAACUUUGUCUUAUGCACUGUUAUCAUUUAGAAAAUUUACAUUAAAAUCACCACAUAUUAUAAGUUUUUAUUCUAUGUACGAAUUUUAGUAUUUUUUCAAGCUCGCUUAUAAAGUAAUCAAAAUUUCCAGUAGGUAACCUAUAUACACAUAUCACUAGUAAGUUUUGUUUCGCUAUCAUGAUCUUAAGCACACAUAUUUCCAAAUUUUUUUCAUCACAAAACUGGGCCAGAUCUAUACCAACAAAUUUGAUAGGCUGUCUAAUGUAUAUAUAAACCCCUCCUCCUUGAUGAAAUUUAUGAGCAUAACUCAUUCCUAGUAGGUAGUUCUGCAUAUUGCUGUAUGAUGAUUUGAAAUCUGUCAUAUGAUGUUCAGAGAGACAUAUUACAUGAGGGCUUAAGUUUCUUCUUACUAAUGAACAAUUCAGUUCAUAAAUUUUGUUUGCAAGACCUCUGAUAUUUUGGUGAAUAAUAACAAAGUGGUCUUUGGCUUGCUUACAUAUAUUUAAUAGUGACUUGCUUGGUUCAGAUUCUAUACCCAUAAAAAAUCAUUAUUUCUUACUGGUGGUCUCCUUUUCCUUCUGUUACAAUGAAGAACUUCUUGGCUAGGCGAUACACCUUGGUUUUCCUUAUAUGUAUUAGUUUCACCAUUCCUUCUCUUUUUCAUCCUGGUUGGGUGAACAAUUCCUUGGGGCUGCUUUGGUUAAAAGCGCUGAUCCUGUUGGUUUUGCUUGCUCAGUCAGAGCAGUUUCCCACAUCAGCGGGAUAACUUCAGUUUUGAACUGUGAUUCAACUUUUCCUUGUAUAACAGAAGAUAUUUUUGCUGCCAUUCCUAUUUUACCUUUUUUAUUUAUAAUGAAGUCCAUGGCUAGUAUAGUGUCCUCUUUCCAUGUCAGCUUUAACUAAGCUUACUAAGCACCAUUUUGGCUACAAGGGGUCUUUUAGAGUCGUUAGGCUUUCUUCUAGAUUUAACAUCGCAUCUAAUAGCGAUUGUUGGACCCCUGGACAGGACGGCCAUACUAUAAAACUCAUGUAAUUCUCUUCUAUCGAGCAUUGCUUCUAGAACUAAACGUUCCUUCAUGGAUCCACUUAAUUUGUUAAGGGCACUAUUUAGAUCUAUAUGAUCACUGAUGUUGCUUAAAUACUUUCUGCUAGUUAACCCAUUAGUAUCCUGUGAGUUACACACUCUGUUUCCGUUGAUUAUCUUCGAUCGCAAUAAUUCUAUCAUUAAUCGGGCUGAAUUUAGUUCAUCCAUUACUUCUUCAAACUGAGAUUUUAAUGCUUUGCAGUUUUCACAGCGGGUAUGAGCAUAUGCCCUAGUUGUUUGAUUUGGAUGCACUAAGUAACUUUAAUUCAUUAAAACCAUCCGCCAUCUUAAAUUGGCCAUAUGAGUCGGCGAUACUAAUCAUAACAACUGGUGUGACGAUACAACGAUCGAUCACUAAUAUUUGAAGCUGGGAGCGGACAUUUCGAAUUUCUUUUGUGCUGUAACGAUAGUCGUUUUACCAGCAGCAUAUUGCAUUCAUAUGAUAGAUUUUACUGUUCCAUGCACUUUCAUCACGUCUUAUAUAUAGCAGUACGCCUUACACAUAUAUAGUGAACGAUAUUGUUGAUGUGUUUCAUUGCAGUAGGACUGCACAGUGUUUAUAAUCAAGAAUUAAAAAUUGCUGUACAUGAAAUAUUCCCUUUGAAAUACAUACCUGCUUUGUGAUUAGGUAUUUUAUAAGUUUGUUACAACUCGUUUAUAUUGUAAAUGAUUUAAAUCUUUCCAUUAUAGCAGAUGAGCCUAACAGAAUCAAAUUAAGCGACCCGUAUACAUGGAUGUUAUUCCACAUGCCUGAAUGAUAUUUUUGGAAUGAAGAAAUGCUAACAUAUUGGAAAUAUACAGUGAAUAUUUGGCAUUUACUUCACAGUAGAGGGCUAUAUUCGAAGAUAAAACCUAUAGUGAUUUGAGGUAGAUAAAAUUAUCUAAAAAUGAGAGAUAAUUUUAAUACAUAUCAGUCUCUUUUGGUAACUGCCACAGCAGUUAGACAAGCUGAUGAAAAUUUUCAGGAUCAUAUACUGAAAGCAGAUACAGCUCCAUCAUUUGAAUUCACUGCUGUUGGAAGUGAAAGAACCCCAUCUGUGCAUUCAAAAAAACGUUUACCUUUGAAGAUGGUCAUUUCUGAAAUGGCUUCGAGGGACAGAGAUACUGUAAAAACAGAAUCAGAACUGGAACAUAAGACAGUAUCUCCACACAAAGAUGAUAAGCCCCUUCAUACUUUUCUAGCUAAGAAGAGAGAUCCUAGCAGAUGUUUUCCAGAAAAAUCAUUUGUUGAUCUUGGAGAAGAUGCAUUCAGUCAGAGUGACCAUGCAUUAUUUUCAAGGAUUUCUGAAGACAAUAAUAAGGAAUCAGCUAGCUUACAAUGCCAAAGCACCAUUCUUGAGGGGUCACAGUCUGAAAAAGGAGAUGAAAGCUGUUCUAAACAUGCAGAUACAAAGAAAGUAUUUCCACAUGAAUACUACUCCACACCAUGCGCAAAAUCACGGUUCAAAUCUCUAUAUGGAAAUGAAGUUCUUGAUAACAUUGUUACACCAAAUGAACUCCCAUAUUUGAAAAAGUACAAAGAUAGAACAGCUAUAUCUGAUUAUCAAAGUCCAUCAUCAGCAGUGUUAGGCAACAGUGAAGAUACAAGUGACAAUAUAAACCAGAAGCCAUACUCAUUACUUCAUUCCCUAUCAAAUGCAGCAUCACCUGUGCGUUUAAAAUGUGUUCAUGAAAGCAUCAAUGAAGAUAACAGUCUGGCUUCACCAUCAUCAUCAUCAUCAUCCACAUACUCCAGCAUUAAUGUUUGUUCAGGUUGGUCUACUGAAUAUGAACAUGAUGAACCUCAAAUUUUACACGAACAGAUUAAUUACAAAUGCAAUCCUGAUUCUGAUUACACCUCAGAGAACAGUUUUUUACAUCCACUAGUAAAGUUUAAAUCAAAACACUGGAAGGAACAGAAUGCUGAGACAAAUUUAUUAUAUACUGCAAAGACAAGAAAUAUGUCAGAUUGGAAGCCAGAAUGUGAACAUACUGUAAGUGAUUUGAAAUGUAUUAAUUCAAAUAAUAAUCAGAGGUAUUCAGUUCAGAAGAUGUCAUCCAUAUAUGCAGAAAGUUAUUCGGAUACUUUACAUGAUGAGGCAGCAUCGUCAGCAGAUCUGACUUCCUGGCAUAGACUGAAGUACACUAGAAGGACACAGACUAUUACAAUUUCAACCAAGCCAUCUGGAUGUCCACAAUCUGCACUAAAAGAACAAAUGCUUAGUGUUGUCCAACCAGUUAUCUCAGAUAUACAGUGUAGUCCAUCAGAUGUCAAUUCUCUUUUCAAGAACAAAGAAUGUAAUAUAAUGCCAUACUUAUCAAGUCCAGAAGAAGAAAGUGAUGAGCAUCCAAUGUUAGAGGGUGUUCACGUUUACAGAUAUAUAAAUCAAGCCUGAUUCAUUGUAAUAUUCAAGAAAGGAAGUUACACUGUGACAGCAGUUCUCAAUAUUAAUAUUAUGUAUUGUUAAUACUUACAAUGAAAUAGGUCAAUUAAAUAAAACUUGAAACAGUC